GUCAGGAGGCUUCAGGAAUUUACAACAUGGGGGUGGAAAACAAACAUGGGAGCAAGCUUUGUUGCGGCCUGAUCUGGGAGAACUAUUUGUUCUCCCUGUCAAAAGGUUAAAUACAACAGAACCUUCCUGAAAGCAAACUCUUAAAACAAACCAAAUACCUGUAACUUGAUAGAAAUAAAAUGAUUACAUUCACAUUUUCCAACAGACUCUAAAUCAGAGAGUUAUUCUCUAUUAUUGAGAAAUCUUAAAAAGACUAGGAUUUCGUUUUUUUUUUUUUUUUAGAAGUAGCAGGAUAUUAUUUCAAUCCCGAGCCACACUCCAUUUCAGUUGGUGGCGGUAAUGCACCAAAAGUUGUUUACCAACCGCCAUAAAACACAAGAAGAAGAAAAAGAAGAAGAAAGAGUUUUCGAUCAGCUGACGAAGACCUCGGACGGGCCAGAAAACAGGGCUUUUUUGGUUUUGUUGUUUUGGCGGUUGGCAUAAACUGGAGUGUGACUGGAUUGGGAUGACCACAAAGGUAGAUGGGGGUGGUGAUGAAGUUGAUAUGGAUUUUGACGAAUGGACUACGGUAGGUAGAGGAAGGGGUAGAGGGAAGGAAAAAGUUUCGAAAGAUGAUCGAGAGAUUGGUAUCCUAAAUAGUAAGAGAAGUUUAGAAGAAUAUAGUUCAGAUGAAGAAAACAGAGUGGUUAGGAGGAAAAUGGUAAAUGAGGAGUUUAAGGUAAUACUUAAAUUCAGGAAGGAAGAUAUGAACAUAAACCUUAGUCCGAUAGCAGUGUCUAGAGAAAUAAAAAAGAAACUAGGGGAGGUUGAGUUUGUAAAAAUCUUGCGAGAUGGUAAUAUGUUGAUAAAAUGUAAGUCUGAAGAACAAAAGAAUAAAAGCAUGCAGAUUGAUAACAUAUGCAAAAAGGUUGUGAGUGAAAAGAUAAUUGUUGGAGAAAACAGAGUUUCACGUGGUGUAAUCACUGGUAUUCCGCUUGAGGAAGAUUUAGAAAAACUUAAAAGAAAUAUAUAUGGUGGUGAAGUGCGGAGAUUGAAAAGAUUGUUGAAAACUGUGGAUGGGGAGAAAAUAGAAAGUUUUUCGAUACUUCUGGAGUUUCAAGGUGAUGUUCUUCCUGAUAAAGUGAAAAUUGGUUUCUUGAGUUUUUCUGUUAGACCUUAUAUUCCUCCUCCCUUGCGCUGUUACAAAUGUCAAAGGUAUGGUCACAUUGGAUCAGUGUGUAAAGGGAAGCAAAGAUGUGCUAAAUGUGGUGGAGAUCAUCGAUAUGAUGAAUGUGGAGCGGAUGUACAGUUGAAAUGUUGUAACUGCGGUGGUCAGCAUAAUGUAGCAUAUGGAGGGUGUGAAGCAAGGAAAAAGGCAGCAGAAAUUCAGCAGCUGAAAGUAGUUAAAAACAUUACUUAUGCAGAGGCAGCUAAAAGUGUUCAAGAAAAAAGAACAGUUCAGAAAAACCAGCAAGUGUCUUCUAGUCCAAAUCUUGGGCCAAGUCAAAGAACAAUGUCAGGAAUGGAAAUUACAAUGGAUAAAUUAAUUUUAUUCAUGGCUUAUGUUAUUAAUUGUACGGAUCAAGUGAAACAGAAAACUGAAAAAAAUUAAAAUUAUAGUGAA